UCAGAAAUAAGGGAACUUCCUAUUCCCAGCAGCCCAUUACCCCAAGCCUGUUGUCUGAGCUUCUGUGCUGGGAGUGCACCAGUGUCCAAGGGGCUGGAGCCCUGCUGCUUAUGAGCCACCUCCUGCCCCUGCCAGCCAGCAGCAGGGCACGAAAGACCCUCUGGGUGCUGCCACUGCGAGAGCAGGUGAUGGGAACAUGAGUGAGAAUGAGGAGGAGAGCCUUUCUCAGGACAGCUCAGCCAUUGCCAGCCCCCAUGGGGCCCUUCCGGACGUUUUCAUGAGGGAGGUUUCCCCAGGGCAUGGCCAGGACCAUGGCUGCGAGGAGCCAGUGAGCGAUUCCCCUGAGCCAAAGUCCGCACCUCCUGGGGGCUGCGAGCGGAGCUUCCAGAAGCGCAAAGACACAGCCGUGCCCCAGCGCACCUUCCUGGGUGAGAAGCCCUACAUCUGCAUCGAAUGUGGCCAGAGCUUCAACCGCAGCUCAGACCUCAUCCGCCACCAGCGGAUCCACACGGGCGAGAGGCCCUAUGCCUGCCCAGACUGUGGGAAGAGCUUCAGCCGCCGCUCACACCUGGUGCAGCACCGUCGCGUGCACACCGGAGAGAGGCCCUACAAGUGCCCUGACUGCGGGAAGAGCUUCAGCCAGAGCACCCACUUGGUGCAGCACCAGCGCAACCACACAGGCGAGAGGCCCUACGUGUGCGCUAAGUGCGGGCGCAACUUCUACCAGAACUCAGGCCUGCUGCGCCACGCCAACUUCCACACAGGCGAGCGCCCCUAUAAGUGCAGCCAGUGUGGCAAGCGCUUUGGCGACAGCUCCAACCUCAUUGCCCACCAGCGGCUGCACACGGGUGAGAAGCCCUACAAAUGUGCUGACUGCGGGAAGUGCUUCAGCGAGAGCUCCAAGCUCGUCAUCCACCGCCGCGUACACACAGGUGAGAAGCCCUAUGUGUGCCCCGACUGUGGGAAAAGCUUCAGCCAGCGCUCCCACCUGGUGCAGCACCGCCGUGUGCACACUGGGGAGAAGCCUUACAAGUGCCCUGAGUGUGGCACCUGCUUCAGCGACAACUCCACCCUCAUCCGGCACCGCCGCACCCACACAGGCGAGAAGCCCUUCCAGUGCCCUGACUGUGGAAAGAGCUUCAGCCGCAACUCCUACCUGGUCUCACAUCGGCGUGUGCAUGUGUGGUAGGCACCACCCAUACCUCUAUCUUGCCCUGCCCUGCCAGCAUGGGCUCAGGACACCCUGAAACACAGUCACAGGGGUGGUGCAAACAGCAAGGAAGCUGUGGCCAUGAUGCUUCCAGUUCCACAGACCUGGAAACCAGUGAAUGUGGCAAAGCAAUCAGCCUGUUUAUUUCUCAUCCUCUUAUUUCAGAGCACAGGUAAAGAUGCCACCAGGUGGUUCAGCUCUGCAAGCAAUCACUGUAGGCUGCAGGUGUGUUUCACUCACCCUGCUGGUGGCCUCCUCUCUUUGGCAAACAUCCCCUACAGGGAUGAAGGAUAACUUCUGUCUGUCGGCCAGCCCCCUGCUAUACUUUUGAACCCACACACAAGCAUACCUGACUGGCAGCUCAGAGAGGAGCCCCCACUCUUUUCAAUCCAGUGUCAAUGCUGAGGUCUCACCAUGAAUCAUUUUAAAUAGUCAUAUCUCUGACUGUUUUACAGUUGCUUUAUUGUACUGAAACUAUCUGGCUGAUCUGUUGAGCUGAUAUGGCUGGAUAUCCUAGAAAUGAGAAGUUGAAAAGACUUGUAACUUCUGUGAUGUACUAACUGGUGCUGUAACUGGCUCCAUGACUUCUGUGCCUGUCUAGAAGGGUGGUGAAUACCAGCAGCAGGGCCAGGAGAGGGACACUACAGAACUCCUACCUGUGCUAAAGAUGCUGAGAUGAGCCUGGGGUUUGGGAAACUGUUGGACAUGGAAACUUGUGACUUUCUUGUUCUACAAAACUCACUACUGUCCAAGGGAUUGGGACUCCUCUUUGGAUGUCUGACGCUACUUCUUGACUCUCAAGAGCCAACAAGAAAUUAUUUUCACAUAUUUAAAAGCUACAUUUUGGGAGGGGGAGGUAGGGGAGCAUGGAGCUUUGCUUGCAGUUUCUGGAGAGGAAGGGACCUUCGUAUCCUGCUGCUCAGGGAAGAAGAGGAGAAACUUUCUAGGCUGGAGGCUUUUGUUUGCUAGGUACAAGGAAAUGGACGUCUGUGUUCACAGCUCUUUCUUCACAAACCGCUUCAGACCAGUGACUUUUUGGUUUUUACCUCCCCCAGAGUCUGACUAGGGGAGUCACCUGAAUGCUGUAUGGAUCCAGAACCAUCAGUGUCUCAUUUGAUCAACAGACUUUUGAAAGGGGAAAAGCACAUUUCAGUCUGCAGGCUCACUGUCAGCAGGACUGAAGGAUUUAGGUCAAAGGGUCAGCUAGGACUGAGUGACUUUUAUUGGUCUAACUAUUCCAAUCUCCACAUUUCAAAAAGAAACCACAGUGAAGGUCUCUGAGUGCCUGCUGCAUGGCUGAUGUGAUGAAAGCCAUUCAAAGCUGAGCAACAGGGCCUGCUAUUUGAGGAAGUCCCCGCAGGCUCGGCUUGCCUGUGAGUGGAGUUUGCUUUUAUGAAACUGAACCAAUCCAAGCACUGAAGCAGAUAAAGGGAACUCAAGCCUGUGUCUCCCAAUGCAGAAAGACCAACUCAAAGGAAAACCCUGGCAUCGAGAAUCUGGCUUCAAAGAAGCAGUGUCCGUUCCUUCCCUGAAUGCUCCUUCCCCUGCAGCUCUCAGAGCAUAUCAUAUCCGUCUACAGGCUUUGUAAAGUGCUGUGUACAUUUACCAAUGCUCUAAAGAUAUUGGUGUGAAUUUAUUUCUGGUUAAAACUCUUUAUAUCAACUUAUUUAAAACUGUGUGCAGAUUCAGUGUGGCCUUAGGGGUCAUGGCCCAUCGUCUGUGUAGGUGUCAGUACAGCUAAGGCUGCUUGCAGCUCUUCUGAAGACAUCAUCAGUGGUGUCUCUGGAAUGUUGUUCUGUGCAGGAUUACAUUUUCUUUGGUUCCUUGUCACCCAGCUGAAAUCAUUAGCUGCCCCAUGUCCAGUUCUCCCCUCUGUGUGAUCAUCUGGCCUGAGAAGUGGGGGAUCUGAGCACUGCCAUUUCCUUGCUCUUGCAGAGUUUACGAGGCAUGUUCUGGGCCUAACAGGAGAAUGACUGCUUUUGGGGUCCACACCUUCCCAAGCAGUAUCUAGGAGACAGGCACAUGAGUAAGUCUAUAAGGUCCCUGAAAACUACAAGGCCCAUUCCCUGGGAGGCUGGGCAUAGGGUCCCAUCCAAAUGGGGUGCUGCCUGUGUCCCCCUACCACCAUUGGUCUCUUCUUUCUGGAUUACAGUUAGAUGUUACUGGAAAAAACCCUGGAAAAAGAUAAAAUUUCCUCAUUUAAAAAGAAAGCCCUCAGGGGCUCUGACAUCCAGGUAUGCUCUACGCCAGCUGUUAUUUCAGGUGCCCAGGUCCUCCUGCCAGAUUCAUGGUGCUCUUUCCUGCUAUGCUGUUGGUGCUUAGAUACUGCAGUGACACGAAGGCACUUUAGAGAUACCUAAGACAGAUAGAUGAAUGGAUGAAUAAUAUCUCUUAAAUUAAAUCUCUCUUCCCAAUGCUCUGGGUUAUCCCGUCUUGUUUUCUCCCCAGUGCAACAUCUGAA